UAGAGAGAAAUUGAAAACUUUGAACGCUUUUUUCUUUCUGUUGUUUCAAUCUUCUUUUUCUGGUGAUUUUACAGAGGUGUUUUGUGUGUGGUGUUGAUCAAUUAUAAGGAAGAAAUCAUGUUUCUGGUGGAUUGGUUCUAUGGAGUGUUGGCAUCACUAGGGUUGUGGCAGAAGGAUGCGAAGAUCUUGUUUUUAGGGCUUGAUAAUGCUGGCAAAACUACCUUGCUUCAUAUGUUGAAAGAUGAGAGAUUGGUGCAGCAUCAACCUACACAGUACCCCACAUCAGAGGAGUUGAGUAUUGGGAAUAUCAAGUUCAAGGCUUUUGAUUUAGGGGGACACCAGAUUGCUAGAAGAGUCUGGAGAGACUAUUAUGCCAAGGUGGACGCUGUUGUUUAUCUUGUGGACGCAAAUGACAGAGAGAGGUUUCCAGAGGCAAAGAAGGAAUUGGAUGGGCUUCUGUCAGAUGAGUCGUUAACAAAUGUCCCAUUUCUCAUUUUGGGAAACAAGAUUGAUAUACCAUAUGCUGCCUCAGAAGAUGAGCUGCGUUAUCACUUGGGCCUAACUGGUGUGACCACUGGCAAGGGUAACAUCAACCUUGCUGGUACCAAUGUCCGUCCAAUUGAGGUGUUUAUGUGCAGCAUUGUGCGCAAGAUGGGAUAUGGUGAGGGUUUCAAGUGGAUGUCGCAAUACAUCAAGUAGGAGAGUCAACCAUGACGAACUUGUUGGCAAAGUUCCUCUUCUGUGAUCCCAAUCGGUUGGUUGGGUUGCGAGGGGGGCAAGAACACAGAGAACUUCUCCCAAUCAGGAAAGUAGCAUGUCAGGUUACAUUGUAUUGGAUAAACGCUACAGCUUUGCACUAGCUUGUUUCUAGUUUUAUCUUUACUCUUUUCGGAUAGAAAGUUUGUACAGGGAAAGGACAAUAAUGAAAGAAGGGCACUCCUUGUUCUUUAUCCUUGC